AUGCCAAAAAAAUCACCAAUUGAAAAAUACACCGGUACUGACAAUACGACGUCACCGGAGGUACAAGAGCCCGGCCCGGAGAAAAGUACCUCAAACAUGCUUGGAGCUGAUGAAUCAAGCUGCCAAGAGUGCGAUGCAGAAGACAACCAAGAAAUGGUUCAAUGCGAUAAUUGUCAAAGAUGGUCCCAUUUCACAUGUGCCGCUGUCACCCAAGAAAUCGAAAACUUAGACUGGUGUUGCAGGAAAUGUACAAAAUCGAUGCUGGAGAAAUUGAAACACCCUGAAAAACAAGACACACACAGCCCGGAAAACAGUAAAACCACAUCGUCUCGACGCUCAAAUGUGUUUAAAAUGAAACACAUGUUACAACAAUUGGAAGAGGAAGAAAAGCUGAGGCAAGAAGAAGAGCAGGCAGCUGCAGCUGCUCGAGCCAAACGACGUGAAUUCCUAGCGAAGAAAAAACAACUCCUGGAAAACAUCGUAAAAUCAGAAUCCGGCGAAAGCGAAGUAAGUUUCACUGGCAAACAUAGCUCCUCCGUGACGGAUUGGUUAAAUAAAACGAUCCAAAACGGAGAUCCUAAAAAUCCAGCAGCGUCACUGCUAGGCGACGAGCAAAUUUCUCCUUCGGGAGAAAAUACAGAAGACGGUCUAACAAAAUGUCAAAUCGCAGCACGACAGGCAGUUUCCAAGGAGCUUCCACCCUUUAGCGGGUCUCCGGAAGAGUGGCCCAUGUUUUACGCUACAUUUAUUAGUACAACCGAAAUGUGCGGAUACUCCGCUUCAGAAAAUAUGGUUAGGUUGCAAAGAUGUCUUCGAGGAAAGGCCUUGGAAGCUGUCAGGAGCCGAUUGUUGCACCCAAGAAAUGUGAACGGUGUGAUAGAUACGUUAAAAAUGCUUUUCGGCAGACCGGAAGUAAUAAUCCAAACACUAAUCGCCAAGGUUCAAGCUAUGCCAGCACCAAGGGCAGACAAGCUGAGCACCCUGGUUGAUUAUGGAAUCGCAGUAUCCAACUUAACCGCCACCAUCGAAGCGUGUCAAUUAAAUGAGUAUCUACACAAUGUAAGUCUACUCAAUGAACUGGUUGACAAGCUUCCGUCAAUGGUCAAAUUGAACUGGGCCACACAUCGGAGGUGUCUCAGUAACGUUAACCUGAGUGCGUUCAGUGCUUGGUUAUAUACCUUGGUUGAAGCCGCCAGUUCAGUGUCACUUGUUCCCGUAGGAGCGAACGAUUUACCAUCCCAACACAGAAAUAAAAGAAACGAUGGAUUUGUCUAUACAAAUUUAAAAAAUGUACAUCCAAAUCACGAUCGCGAAGGUGAAUUCUCACACUCUGACCGGUUAUGUUUUAUUUGCAAGGGUACUUGUCCGUCUUUGGAACAGUGUGCGAAAUUCAACGGUUUUACCGUAGACUCUCGAUGGGCAGCAGUGCGAGAAGGCGGAUUGUGUCGUCGCUGUUUACGUAACCAUAUAGGAUUAUGUCAUUUAAGAAAGGAAUGUGGUAUAAACAAUUGUGCAUAUAAGCAUCAUACCCUGUUACACAGUGACAAGAAAAAGGAUGUUGUGAACCAACAGGUUGAAAAUUCCAACACUGGAAAUAAUCAUAUGGAACAAUGCAACAGCCAUCGCGGAAAGGUUGAUAAUGUCAUGUUCCGAAUUCUACCAGUGACACUAUAUAGUCCAACAUCGAACAUCAAAACAUUCGCUCUAUUCGACGACGGGUCAUCCCUCACACUAAUGGACGAAGAAUUAGCAAAGAAUCUUCAGUUGCACGGAGAACUUCACCCACUGUGGCUGAAAUGGACAGGUGAUACAUGCCGAUAUGAAGAAACGUCUUACAUAGUUGAGUUUGAAGUAUCAGGAGUUGGAGCUUCGUCAAAACGCUAUCGCAUGCAUAACGUACACACAGUAAAAGGUCUGAAACUCCCGAGUCAAACGCUAGACUUCGACAAGCUCGCCCACAAACACACACACCUGCGUGGGCUACCUAUUGAAUCAUUUAAAAACGCUCGCCCACGCCUUCUGAUUGGUAUGAACAAUUGUCGCUUAGGAAAUGCAUUAAAUAGUAAGGAAGGUAGGCAGGGUCCAGUCGCCUCGAAAACACGUCUCGGCUGGGUAGUAUUCGGUAACUGCGACGAGGAUGUCUCUAUAGAUCAGACCCAGCAGGGCUAUCAUAGCUUGCACGUAUCACUCUGUGGACAACCCGAUGAAACUGAUCUUCAUCGCCUAAUGAAAGAUUACUUCUCGCUUGAAGGGAUUGGAAUAACUAAAUCCAAAAACCCACUUCUAUCGUCUUCUGAUCAACGCUCUCUCUCGUUGCUACGAGAACAUACUCGCCGCGUAGGUAACCGAUACGAAACCGCACUUCUUUGGCGAUAUGAUGAUGUUCGCCUCCCGGAUAGUAAGAAUGCUGCCAUGCAACGAUUGAAUUGUCUAGAAAAGAGAAUGCGAAAAAACGCCUUUCUUGCCGAAAUGAUGCAUAAAAAAAUUCAAGAGUAUCUACAGAAAGGUUAUAUUCGUAAGCUCGACCCAGAGGAAAUAAACUGUGUUAAUCCGCGCAUAUGGUACCUGCCGAUAUUCCCAGUGUUUAACCCAAACAAACCUGGGAAGUUGCGCGUAGUGUGGGACGCUGCCGCCACAGUUCAAGGAAUUUCAUUAAACUCAAUGCUCCUAACCGGCCCUGAUCAGAUAACAUCGCUCGUUUCAGUUUUGUUUCAGUUUCGCGAGCGCCGAGUAGCCGUGGGAGGCGAUGUGCGCGAAAUGUUCCACCAAGUUUUGGUGAGAGAAGAAGAUCGUAACAGCCAACGAUUCCUGUGGCGGGACAAAGAAGGUGAAACCCCCAACGUCUUUGUAAUGAAUGUAAUGACUUUCGGUGCCAGCUGUUCCCCCAGCUGCGCCCAGUUUGUUAAGAAUCAAAACGCUCUUGAAUUCUCUGAUCGAUAUCCCGAAGCUGCAUCUGCUAUAAUUAAGGGUCAUUACGUGGAUGAUCUAUUAAUAAGCGUCGAAACCCCUGAGGAAGCCAUACGUAUAGCGCAGCAAAUACAGCUUAUACAUAAACAAGCAGGAUUCGAAAUGCAUCACUGGAUAUCCAACUCGUCAAAAGUCCUGUCCGAGUUACAAGAAACUAACUGUACGAGUAAGGAUCUAAAUAUGGGGGCGAGUGGAACUGCAAAGGUUCUUGGAAUGUGGUGGGACACGUCGUCAGAUACUAUCACUUACAAGAUUUCGACUAAUUGCAAUCAAGAGCUACUAACAGGCGUACGCCCACCAACGAAACGCGAAAUGCUGAAAGUCUUAAUGAAGUUUGGAGAGCAAAUAUUGGAUGGGACGAGCAAAUAUUGGAGGCUCAACAAAACAAAUGGUAUCGUUGGUUAA